CGCUCAUCACUCACAUAUACCACACCGCUUGCGCUGAGCUGCACGGCGUCCCGCACCAUGGUGCUUUCGUUCAUUCUCAUACAGAAUCGCCAAGGGAAGACCAGGUUGGCGAAGUGGUAUGCACCAUAUAGUGAUGAAGAAAAAGUCAAACUGAAGGGCGAGGUCCACCGCCUCAUCGCCCCGCGCGACCAAAAACACCAAUCCAACUUCGUCGAAUUCCGCAACAUGUCCAAAAUAGUGUACCGGCGCUACGCGGGGCUCUUCUUCUGCGCGUGCGUUGACACGAAUGAUAACGAGCUGGCAUACCUGGAGGCUAUACACUUUUUCGUCGAGGUGUUGGAUGCGUUCUUUGGGAAUGUGUGUGAGCUGGAUUUGGUGUUCAAUUUUUAUAAGGUCUAUGCGAUUUUGGACGAGGUUUUCUUAGCGGGAGAGAUUGAGGAGACGAGCAAGACAGUGGUGCUUACGAGGCUGGCACAUCUGGAUAAGCUGGAGUAAACAAGGGGACAAAGGCCGCCACCGAUACGAGAUUGGAUCAGCUUUGCGUUGCCAUUGAGCAAGGGCUGCCGCCGCGGCUCGAGGGUUGAAGUUGCAGUAUGCGGCUAGAUGGCAACCACUGACAGGGAAUAGGACGAGCG